AUGGUCUCCAGGUUCCUGCUGCUCAUGGCUCUGAGCGUCUGUGUCUCUGGUUGGUUUCCACCUUCACUUUCUUCUCCACAAAGAGAAAAGAGGAGAUCCACUUUGAGACUGACUGAAACACUUGAACACUUCCAUUAGAAAAGAUGUUGAAAGACUCACAUGUUCCUGUGUUUUUCUGCUCCUCUCUUUCCCUCUCUGUCUCCUCUACAGGAACACUUGUAGUCAAAGUGGCUCACAGAUCCUAUCAGACAGAGGAGGACCAGGACCUCACCCUGGAGUGGACCUUCACACCCAAACCAAACAGCUCUCUGAAGACUCUGAACAUUUUCUGUGACAUGUUCAACAAUCAGAAAGACCAUGUUCUGUUUCAUCUCCAUGAAGGAGUGGAGGUCCCACAGAAGGAGGGAGACUUUGUAGGACGAGUCCAGUAUGACAAAGAGGUCCUCAAAGAGGGACGGAUCAGACUUCAUGUGUCCUCACUCAGGACUGAAGACUCAGGCUGGUAUCUGUGUGAAGUUAAGACAGAGUAUGGGAACAGCUUGGACAGAUGUUAUCUCAAUGUGACUGGUGAGUUAAAAUCAGAAGUCUGAAUUUGGUCACUAAGAAGUUGAGACAGUGAAAUAAGUUUCAUUGUUUUUCUAACAGAGAGGACUCAGACUGUCAGUGAGCCUGAACCUGAGAGACCAGAAUCAGAGAGUCCAGGAGGGAUCGGUCUCUACGUUGGACUGACAGCAGCAGCAGUAAUAGUAGCAGCUCUGAUCUUAGUUUUGAUGGUUUCAAUUCUUCACAGAAAACAUUUAAUCCACAUAGUCCAGAAAUGUUUCAGUUCAUCAGGUUAUCAGAUCACAGCUGUAAGUGUUUAAGUUUGUUACUGAACAUGUAAAUAUCUUUGUUCAUAAAUGUUAUUUCAUCAUUUAUUUGAGUGUUAAAAAGUGACCUCAUCAUCCAGACAGUCUUCUGCUGAGCCUGUGUCUUCUGUCCUCACUUCACUGUCUUCUUUCUGGAGAAGAAACUGAAGGUGGAAACUAACCACAGGUAG